ACGCCACAGUAUGACGUGAAUUGGUAAGUAAACAAAACGCUCAGAUGCGGCAUAGAAAAGCAUUCUGUCCUUUGUCUUUGGUGACAAGCAGUAAAUUUGAGAGAAUCGUGUGAAUAGUUCAGCGGGUUCAGACCGUGAUCUUCCCAGAGUCAGGAAAGUCGUUGCUUGUGAGGACUGACUAUUGUCCUUUGUGCUUUUUUUCGGUGGCCUUUGGGGCCCAUGAAAUGCUGAAGUUUUCCUCAGAGUGUUUAGUCUUUCUGUACUGCCAGGCUUUUCUUUUUUUUUUUUUUUUUUUUAAGAUGUACAACUGUUAGGCAAUGACGCGUAGGAGGAACUUUGUAGAUAUACGUCCCUCAUGACCAACAUAAACCUUCCAUGUGAAAAACAAAACAGAGAUUCCAGAAAUGUUUGAAUCUUUGAAUUUAAAAGCUGGAAUGAAUCCAAAAAGAUUUUUUUUUUUUUUUUGGUACAGUGAAGGUAUAAACAACUUGUAUAGAAUUAAGUUAUGGUGCUGUUUCAGAGGAAACAAAAUUACUAAAAUGGACCCACAUCAUGUUUGAAAUGGGCCAUAAUUUGUUAUGCCAUGGUCUGUCUGAAUACUCGAUUCUGAUUGGCUGGCAGGUGUUGAUUAAAUUCGUUGAACUGUACAGGUAGUUCCAGGUCAGUUUUAUCACAUUCUAUAUUAAUGCGCUUCCUAUAAACAUUGGAAACCAUAGUAACAUACAGUUACAGUUGAAUAGUAAUACAAACGAAAAUAACCGUCAUUUUUAUCGUUACGGUCAAAUAUUGCAGCACAAAUAUUGUUAACAUCUUUAAUAUGUGAAUGCUGGCAAAUGACCAUGGCAUAAAUGGGAUAAUCAAUGGCUAGCUGUGCAUUAAACGAUUUGAAUGCACUUCGCUGCGCGUCGGGCAGUUCUUCACCUCCACAUUGUGCAUUCAAAUCAUUUAAUGCACGGCUAGCCGUUGAUUAUCCCUUACAUGUUUCCUUUCAAAAGUUUGGGGUUGGUUUCUAAUGUUUUUAAAAGUCUCUUAUGCUCACCAAUUCUGCAUUUAUUUGAUCAAAAAUACAGUUAAGACUGUAAUGUUAUGAAAUAUUUUUACAAUUAAAAAUAACUAUUUUUUUAUUUGAUGAUAUGUUAAAAUAUAAUUUAUUCCUGUAUGGCAUAGCUGAAUUUUUAGUAGCCAUUACUCCAGUCUUCAGUGUCACAUGAUCCUUAAGAAGUCAUUUUAAUAUGCUGAUUUGAUGCUCAAGAAACAUGUCUUCUUAUCAUCAUCGUCAUCAUCAUCAUAAUUCUGAUGAAUAGAAAGUUAAAAAGAGCAGCACUUAUUUUGUGUAACAUUAUAAAAGUGUUAGUAACAUUAUAAAGCAUUAUUGUCGCUGUUGAUCAAUUUAACGCAUCCUUGCUGGAUAAAAGUGUUAUUUUAUUUUAUUUAUUUAUUUAAAAAAAAAAAAAAAUCAUACAAACCCCAAACUUUUGAACUUUAGUAUAUGUAAUAAAAGUGAUAUAAUUGUCUAUCAUAUACAGUACACACACACACAAACAAAUAUAAAUUUUACAAAAAAAAAACCUCAUUCUCAAUUUCGUGCUCUACUGGAAAAAAUACCUGUUAUUAAAUGUAAAUAACCAGUUUUAGAUGGCAUUAUGAGUAAAUAAUGGCAAAAACAUUUUUUUGGCUGAUCUGUUCCUUCACAGUUGAUUUAAUCAAACGCUCCUAGUGUAAAUUCACCCGUUGAAACCAGAUGCAGCAUGUUUGAGCAUCAACGCCACACACUAGGUCAAUAAAAAUACCUCGUGCUCGUCCUAUUCCCAAUUCCUGCUCAUUAUCAUUAAACACACACCAGACAGACAUCCUCCUACAGCCUGACAGGAAAUGUAAGUGUCUCUACUGCCGAGAGUUUGCUGGAUAUCCGGAGCUAGAGAGACUUCGGUGGUGGUGCUGCCGCUGGUGUUGUGAAACAUGGCCAGCGUGCAGCACAACGCGAGCUAUUCUUAGCCUCGUUUUACGCGGUGUGUUUUUUUUCUCACGCCGUUCGGAUCUCCAGGUGUCUGGAUGAAAGUGGCAGGGGAUUUCGAAGGCAGAGUUUUGACUCCUCUCGGGGCCUCUUUGGAUGAACAAAGCGGCAGUCCGUCCAGAGGACCGUUAAAGAAUGGCUGUAGCUUUGAAGAUGACCUGUCCCUGGGAGCUGAGGCCAAUCACCUCCAGAAGAGCAGCACAAAAACAGCGGCCAAUGGCUAUGAAAUUGCAGCCGAGGCCAAAAGGUGCCAGUUCAAGCAGAAGGGCAGAAGUAUGAACUCCACAGGCUCUGGAAAGAGCAGCACCACCGUGUCCAGUGUGUCAGAACUUCUGGACCUGUAUGAGGAGGAUCCAGAGGAGAUCUUGUACAACCUCGGCUUUGGGCGUGAGGAGCCUGACAUCGCCUCAAAAAUCCCUUCUCGUUUCUUCAACUCCUCUUCUGGCGCCAAGGGCAUCGACAUCAAAGUUUACCUGGGAGCCCAGAUUCAGCGUAUGGAGCUGGAGAACCCAAACUACGCCCUGACAAGCCGGUUCCGUCAAACAGAAGUUCUGGCCACGGUGGCAAAUGUCUUCUCUGAGAUCUACUCCCAAGUGUCUGGAAGACCCAUGGAGAGAAUCGGCAGCGGCGACACAGAGACUAAAACCCCCUCUCCAUUAAAAAGGAAUAAUUCCGCUCUAAAUGCAGCCAAGAUUCUAAAACGGAGCAUUACGAAACAGAACCUGCUGGCCUCUGCCAUGGAAGGAGCAGCCAAACAGCUUUCAGCGUCUGACGCUGACAACGCAGAAGGUGCAAACUUUGACGUAUGGGAUCCCGAGCACAAACUACAGCAGAAAGGCUUUAGGAAAAAAGAUUCAUCUCUGGCCACAGUGACCGAGGAGGCCCAGCAAAGCAUCUCUGAGGCUUCAGUGAACGGAGACGUCCCAGAACCUUUGCCCAAGGACUCUACGUUAAUGAAUGGUGACCGCUCCACUGAGACGCCAGCUCUGGAUAAAGACAUGCCACUUUCCUCUGUCCAGGUGAGCAUCAGUCGGGUUUCUGACGAGAGUGACUUCAAAGACCUUGAGCGCCAGAAGACCAUCACUUCCAUCCCAGAUAAAGAACCGCCCAACCUGCUGCCCAACCCACACAUAGCCCACCUACUCAGCCAGCCCAGAGACUCGUUUGAAAUGGAGGAGUUGCAGAGUAAUGAUGAUGAAGCUCUUCCUGGUCCUGGUGGCAUGUCUGGAGAUGGCAGCGAGAGGUUAUUGAGGACUGCCAGCCAGCAGUCUGAUAGCAGUGGGUUUGCAGAGGACCCAUCCACAGACGGUUCGGGUAAUCACCUGAAGGUACAAGAAAGCUCAGAUAGCUGUGACAGCGAAACCACAGUGACAUCGCAUGCAGGAGAAGUCAGCACACCCAUAGCAUUGGAGUACCCCAACUUUGAGAGAUUGCAGAGUGAGGAAGUCCAUCCUCAGUCCAACAGAGGCACAUUUAGCCAGAGUGGAGCCAACCGAGAAGUCCCUGAGAUCACCAGCCUUCAGAUUCCUAAUUUAGACUCUGACAACAUUAGCACCGAUGGACCGCUCCUUUCUCCUGACUCUGAUAGGGCUUCCAUAGUUGAAUCCAAUUUCACUACAGUGCAAGAACCCACCACAGACCCUCCAGAAGUGGAUUCGAGUACAAUGGUAGAUCCUGCAACAGAUUCCAUCUUGGAUGUAGCUCAUGAAGGCAACAUAUCCCAGCCUGGUUUAGGCAUAGAUCUAGACUCCUCUGAGGAUUUACGUCCAUCCUCUGGGCCAGAUCUUCCAGAGCCAUCGGACCUUGAGCAAUGCCACUCUACUACUAAAAGGAGACAAAUGGCCCUCCAAACAGCCCAUCAGAGGUCAUCCUCUAUGGACGAGGAACGUCCCGGCCGAGUAUGGGUGAGGGACAGGAACAUGCUAAGGGAAAACUUGGAGAGGAAUCCUUUAAGAAGAUCUAGCUCCCUCCCAACAUCUCCGCUCAGCCCAGCUCGAGUGGUCACCUCCAUGCGAAUCCAACUCGGAAAGGGUUCGGUCAAGCACUGUACCCCACCCUCAUACUCAUACCGCUACGACGAAGAGAAUCGCAGUGACCGAGAAGAAGUGGAUUCCAUUAUGGAAGAAGAUGAAGUAGAUCAUGCUGGUGGCCAAUCUACUCUCUUAAAUUCUGCUCCAGCAGGUGGUUUAAAGACGGGCAGGGGAACGCCACCACACCUUCUCAGCGUACCCCAGCAUCUGACUCGCUCUUCCAGCUCGCUUUAUAGCGUCCCUGCAGACUGGCCUCAGAGGCCCUUGGGAGAAGGUCCAAACUGGAGCACAUGUAGCGUCCCAAACCUUAGUCAAUUUACAGGUCCGGCCCACCUUCCUCCUCCUCCUCAUGGGUCCUUCUACUCUCCACACCAAGGAGUGGCUUACAACUCCUCAUACCCUACCAGACUUCCCCACCACGCUCACUUCACUCAACCACAGAGCUCACCUUAUCCUCAACCUCUUCAGAGCAAUACAUUUACUCCACCACAGGGGGCGCCAAUUACACCCCAGCACAAUAUGCAUUAUCCUCAUCCUCACAGUGCGCCUUACAGUCCAUUCUACUCACCUUAUACCAUUCCUCAGGGAGCACCCUACGGUCCCUCGUUGAACAUGCACGGCAACCCAUAUCAACCUCACGUCCCUCUCGCGCAAUCCCACAGCGCCCCCUACAGUCUGGGCUACAACGGUUCUCCUCAUCACACUGGUGCCCCCUACAGUCAUCCAUACUAUCCAUCUUCCCCCUUCCCUUGCUCUUUUGACACACCUCCUGCCCCCGCACCUGCAAUGGGCAGCACAGAGAUGCAGCUCAGGAGGGUCCUGCAUGACAUUCGUGGGACAAUGCAGAAUCUUGGUCAGAGCUCAUCUGUGCAUGGAGGGGACACACCCAUUGACAGGAUCAGUACACUGCGCUCUGUCCAACCGCUUUAUGAGGAGCUCCAGAUGCGGCGCAGAAGUCUGAACGUCUUCCGGACUCAGAUGAUGGAUCUGGAGCUGGCUCUCAUGAGACAGCAGUCUAUGGUCUUCCAGCAUCUUAGUCCAGAUGAGAGGCGGGAGGCAGAGCAACUUCAAGCACUGCGGACUGCGGUCAGGCAGGAGCUGCAGGAGUUGGAGCUGCAGUUGGAAGAUCGCCUGCUGUCCCUGAAUGAACAGAUGCGCAGCAACUCGCAGCUCAGCAACCUAUAUCGUCACCACAUGGGCAUGCACAGAGGUCACAGCAUGGAAAGCCUGUCUAAUUCUUCAGCACUGCGGGCCAUGGAGCCGGUGACGGACCUCCUGAAGGAGCAAUUGUACCUUCAAUCCGAACUGGGAUAUGAGGCUAUCACACCCAGUUCAGGCCGCUCAUCGAGGGCGUCCAGCCCUGGAAGACUCAACCGAACGCUCGAGUCUCGCUCUUCUUCCCCGCAGAGAGGAAGCGUUUACCGGGCCACUCUUAAUCUCACACCCACCGUCCCUCCACGGCCUGGAAUGGAGGUUGCUCGGCCCGUUUCUCCAGAGAGGAUGGAGGAGAGCAUGACGCCUGCUUCCUUGGAGUUGAGUAGAGAUGAGGAUGAGAUGUCACUGGAUGGUCGCAGGAGCAGGGCGACAGAGGACUGUAGUCCCACAGAAUGGAGGAGCAGAAGUGGAGGGAAUGGUGACCUGCAACAUCUCAUACAGGAGAUUAAAGAAAGUAUCGCGCAUGAAAUCAGGCAGGAGAUAGUGAAUGAGCUUCUGGCUGCUGUGUCACCGCAUAGAUCUCCGCUCCCAGCCAGGAAGCCCCCUGUGUAAGCAUCAUAACAGAGGAUGGAGGUGAAGAAGAAGUAAAUCCUGUGAAAUAGUCACAACGAACACUGGUUAAAGCUUUGCACUGAGAACGGCCCAGCACCUCUCUCUGGUUCGGUCUGUGCAGCCCUUCCAGACUCGACUGCUUCUGGACUUUAGAGCUGCAGGGAAUCUGCUUAUGCAUUUGAGUCCAGAUUCCACAUUUGCAGUGGUUGAGAUCUUCCACUGUCCGAAUCCACAAAGGGCACGCAGCUUAUUGUGGUAUCCGUCUGGUACAUAUUACUGCAAUGUAAUGAAUCUUUUGGGAUGUAUUUAAGUAUGUGAUGCAGGUCUUGUUGGAUGUUUGUAGUGGUUGAAAAGAUUUGUGGGAGACUAUAAAGUUUUCUGUGUGAGUGUGUCUUUGUCUGUCUAGGACAAAAAUGUCUACUGUAAUCAGACUUGUUUUCUAAUUCAGCCUCUGUGAGGAACUAACUGUGCAAUACAUUUCACAUUUUUCUCUCAAACUUGAACUUACCAAUCACAACUACUGUUCUACUCAAAAUGCACACCGCUGUCUUCAUUUCCUGUUGAUAGUCUAUUACAUACUGUAUGUAUAGACACUUAAGCCUUCAAAGCACAUUCAUAAACAUACUGUUCUGUGAGAAGAAAAAGCACUAAAUACUCUUUAUAUAUAUGCACACAUAUUAGCACGCCCAUAAAUAUAUUUUUAUUCUUGCAAACAGCAGAGGAUAGUCUGUCAAAUCUUCUGAUGAGGAUUUAAAGUGUUCGACUUAAUAUUCCUCGGUGUGAAUGAGUUUUUUUUUUUUUUUUUGUCUAAGCUGUAAUGAACUGUAAUACUAAUUGAUUUAUGCGACAAAGGCGACAUGUUCUCUUUCCGCUUGGGAUGCAUGAGGGAUAAUCUUUAAUGCAAAUCAUUAAUAAAGAUUUAUUUAUUUUGUA